GGCGUGGCUUCGUGGCUGGGCGUGGCGAGUGGAGGCUUGUCUGAAAGCGUCUGAAGGGGCUUCCAGUUUGGGAGCACCUGAUAUUCAUUAGCAGUUUCCCAUCCAAGGCUGACCAAGAUCACAUGGGACCUGGUGUCUUUGAGUUCAGCAAAAAUGACUGCAAUCAAGCAUGCCUUACAGAGGGAUAUUUUCACUCCAAAUGAUGAACGUUUAUUAAGCAUUGUUAAUGUUUGCAAAGCUGGAAAAAAGAAGAGAAAUUGCUUUCUAUGUGCAACAGUGACAACCGAGCGGCCAGUGCAGGUGAAUGUGGUAAAGGUGAAAAAAUCUGAUAAGGGAGACUUCUACAAGAGGCAGACUGCAUGGGUGCUUCGAGAUCUUGCUGUUGUUGAUGCCAAGGAUGCCGUCAAAGAAAGUCCUGAGUUUGAUCUCCAUUUUGACAAAGUAUACAAGUGGGUUGCUAGCAGUAUAGCAGAAAAGAACAUUUUCAUUUCCUGUAUUUGGAAACUCAACCAGCGUUACAUUAGAAAGAAGAUUGACUUCAUCAAUGUUAGUUCUCAGCUUCUAGAAGAAUCUGUUCCAAGUGGCGAGAAUCAGAAUGUAGCAGGAGGGGAUGAAGAAGUGGUGGAUGAAUAUCAAGAGCUGAAUGCCAGAGAAGAGCAGGACAUUGAGAUAAUGAUGGAAGGCUGUGAAUAUGCCAUCUCUAAUGCAGAAGCCUUUGCAGAUAAAUUAUCCAGAGAGCUGCAAGUUCUAGAUGGAGCAAAUAUCCAGUCCAUCAUGGCCUCUGAAAAACAGGUGAACAUACUUAUGCAGCUGCUUGAUGAGGCGCUAAAGGAGGUGGACCAAAUUGAACUGAAGCUGAGCAGUUAUGAGGAAAUGCUGCAGAGUGUAAAAGAACAAAUGGACCAGAUUUCUGAAAGCAACCAUCUAAUUCAUCUCAGCAACACUAACAAUCUGAAACUGCUGUCAGAAAUAGAGUUCCUUGUUAAUCAUAUGGAUUUGGCAAAGGGUCACAUCAAAGCCCUCCAAGAAGGUGACCUUUCAUCCUCGCGUGGCAUUGAAGCCUGCACCAAUGCAGCAGAUGCUCUCUUACAAUGUAUGAAUGUUGCUCUUCAGCCAGGGCAUGAGAUGCUUCAUGCUGUCAGGCAACAGCAGCAGCGCUUUAGUGACCUACGUGAGCAGUUUGCACGGAGACUGGCCAGUCAUCUCAACAAUGUAUUUGUUCAACAGUUUAUAGAGCUGGAGAAGGGUCUCAGUAACAGGUCCUACUAUCUUUCAGUUUCUGGCCAUGACCAAAGUUCCACUCUUGCUCAACAUUCCAUUGAGUUGACAUUACCGAACCAUCAUCCCUUCCACAGGGACUUGCUCCGAUAUGCCAAACUUAUGGAGUGGUUAAAGAACACAGAUUAUGGAAAAUAUGAAGGACUCACAAAGAACUAUAUGGAUUACAUAUCCCGAUUAUAUGACAGGGAAAUAAAGGAUUUCUUUGAAGUUGCCAAGAUUAAAAUGACAGGCGCAACCAAGGAAGGAAAAAAGUUUGCUACACUACCACGAAAAGAAAGUGCUGUCAAACAGGAAACAGAGAGCCUUCAUGGAAGCUCUGGGAAACUGACAGGUUCAACUUCCAGCUUAAACAAGCUCACAGUUCAGAGUUCAGGAAAUCGCAGGUCUCAGUCAUCUUCUUUGCUGGAUAUGGGGAACAUGUCUGCAUCAGACCUUGAUGUGGCUGAUAGAACUAAGUUUGAUAAGAUUUUUGAACAAGUCCUAAGUCAACUAGAGCCACUGUGUUUGGCAGAACAAGACUUCAUAAGUAAAUUCUUCAAACUUCAACAACACCUUAGCAUUCCUGGAACACCAGUGAGUGAUGCUGAGGAGAUUGAUGGAGGAACUUUAUCGAGAGUGCACAGUGCCAGUGGCCCACAGUCAAUAUCUUCUGAGAAUCAUAUGAUCCGACAGAUGAUGAUAAAAAUAUUUCGGUGUGUUGAGCCAGAGCUAAAUAACCUUAUUGCUCUGGGAGACAAGAUUGAUAGCUUUAAUUCCCUUUAUAUGCUAGUGAAAAUGAGUCACCACGUGUGGACAGCACAAAAUGUAGAUCCAACAUCCUUCCUCAGCACAACACUUGGAAAUGUUUUGGUGACUGUCAAAAGGAACUUUGACAAGUGCAUAAGCAACCAGAUAAAACAGAUGGAAGAUGUAAAGAUAUCAAAGAAAAGCAAAGUUGGAAUUCUUCCCUUUGUGGCUGAAUUUGAAGAGUUUGCAGCACUAGCUGAAUCUAUUUUUAAAAAUGCUGAACGCAGAGGAGAUCUAGAUAAAGCCUACUUGAAACUUAUUAGAGGAGUCUUCACUAAUGUGGAGAAAGUAGCAAAUGAAAGCCAAAAGACACCACGGGAUGUGGUCAUGAUGGAGAAUUUUCACCACAUCUUUGCAACACUCUCUCGGUUGAAAAUCUCAUGUCUGGAUGCUGAGAAAAAAGAAGCUAAACAGAAAUACACGGAUCAUCUGCAGUCAUAUGUCAUUUAUUCCUUGGGACAGCCACUUGAAAAAUUAAAUCAUUUUUUUGAGGGUGUUGAAGCUCGUGUGGCACAAGGUGUGAGAGAAGAGGAAGUGAGCUACCAACUGGCCUUCAAUAAGCAAGAGCUAAGAAAAGUUAUAAAGGAGUAUCCUGGCAAGGAAGUGAAAAAGGGAUUGGAUAACCUUUACAAGAAGGUGGAUAAACAUCUUUGUGAAGAAGAAAACUUACUUCAGGUGGUGUGGCAUUCUAUGCAAGAUGAGUUCAUACGGCAAUACAAGCACUUUGAAGGCUUAAUAGCCCGUUGUUAUCCUGAAUCUGGAAUUACUAUGGAAUUCACUAUCCAAGACAUUUUGGACUACUUCUCCAGUAUUGCACAGUCUCACUAAUAAUCGCCAAGCAUGAUAAGCUAGCAGGCAUACUGGGAAGAACGUUUGACACUGGAUAUAUUGUUGUUUUGAGAUUUCAAAUGAGUAACUGUAACUGCAACUGAUCCUCAUCCUAUCUAUUUGCGACUUUCCUAAAAUGCUAUUAUCGGUUUUUUUUAAAGUGUUAAACUGUACAUUUUCACAUGUAAUCCAGUCUAGUUAGUUUUAUUUUUCAUGUUGAUAUUAUUAGCUCUGUAUAUUUCUAGUACAUCACAUACUAAGUUCAUAUGCUUUCCUAAUCAACUGUAGUUCCUAGAAGUUAUGCAAUUUUGAGGUUAUUGUAAAUAGGGGGAAAGUAUUGUAUCAAAGCAUGUUAAUAUAUUGAUUGUUGCAAGAUCCAAGCUUAUGAUCUUCAGAAUCACCUUACAUGACUGUUGUUGUAAUUCUUUGGAACUGAAGUAAAACGAUUUACAAAGGAGUUGCAUACAUAUCCUGUGGCAGCUUAUUAGCUGUAUCUGAGCAUUACACCAAAGAAAGUUGCCAGCUGUUUCUUCAGCAAGGCAUCCAGAGAUUGUACUGCAAUUUUGGGGUUCAUACUUUUAUUACUGAGAGAGAGAGAUGCUAGCUGAGAUUUCCUUUGAAACACUGGAAUAACUUUCAUGUUCUUCAGUUUAGAAUAUUUAUGACGAAAACUGUAAAACGUUAUCAAUAACAGUUAUAGAAAGAUUGUUUGAAUAUAUAGCUAUAAUUUCUGGUCCUAUAGUGUGCAUGAGUUUUAGAUCAAAGUGCUAAGAAGGUGGUUGGGUAAAGCAAUUGCAAGAGACACCAGCAACAUUUCUUCUUUCAGUUACUUCUAACACUUGGACUCAGGAUGGUAAACAGAAUAAAUUGAAGCCAAGAUCUAACAUGGUACUUCAGUUGUCCAAUACCGAUGUAUUCAGUCUCUUCCAUGGCUCUAAAACCUGCUCCAGGCAAAUUUCUUAGCCCCCCCAAAGCAGGUUUAUUGGGGGGGGGGUCUACAAGAGGAAACAGGGAAUUGUUGAUUCAUGCAGACUCAGUACAUCAUUGGAUUGUGCUGUCAGAUUUAACAGGAAAUACUAUGAAAGUAGACUAAAGGGUCUGCCUUUUACUUUUAUUGAAGACAAGAUCUGUGGUGGUGCUUUUUAAAAAGGCUCAGAUUUCUCUGUCCAUGAUUCUAGAUAGAAUACAGUGAAAACUGUAAACGCUUUGCCUUACUGCACUAAGAAAAAAACAGGGCAAUUAAUAUUACUGUUGCUUGCCAAUGUAUCAGGAACAAACAAGAAAGGGGACUGAGGGCCAUAGCCUUGAUUUCAUUUUUGUUUCUAUAUUUUUCUGUAUCAAACUGUGUAAUGCAGCUCAGCCGUACUUACUAGUUCUUAACUUGAAGACACUCAAAUGAGAGUGACGCUGCAGAGAAAACAGAUGAGUUUUAUUCACAUUUCUGUAUGAGAGUUGCCCUCCUGGUGUUGUUGGAUUGCAAUUCUCUUUAGCCCCAGUCAGUGGUGAGGAAUAUCUGAAGAGCUAUAUGAUUCUCACUUCUACUGUGUGAUUAGGACUGGGCAAGUGGCACUGUUUGUUCAUUUGUUGCACUGAUGCAACAUAGCUAAUUAACCCGGGGUUCCUACAUUACUGUUCCAUUUAAUUAGAUACAGUUGGUUUCCUCUACCCACACAGCCACCUUUCCAGAGCAUUGCUGAUGUCACUAUAUCAGAGCUGUUCUUGCAUUUAAAUUUCUUGUAUGAAGGCAAUAUGAUCAAACACAUGAUUUAAUAAUCCCCAAAUAUUAGCACUUGUAUCCUGGGAAUAGGCAACGUGUGCCACAUUAAAUCAAAUGAGUUUA